AUGGGAGACGUGAAUCCAAACAAACCGCACGCGAUCCAGGCCAGCGACAUCGCAAUACCCAGCUUACGUAAUCCGAUAAGAGCAGAAGCCAUCGAGGGCAUGGUGACCCAGAUAGUGCCCAUGAGGGAUCCUUCGAACAGGGCAAAGACUAGGGCGGUCUGUGGAUCCGUAGCCCAACGACCGGGUAAAAUCGCCGAGAUUGUACAUGAGCGUGACAUAACCGAACAGUGUGAACAUGAUCCAGGCAAACAGACACCAGACUCCAAAGUUGGUCCACACGACCUUGUCGUACACUUUGAAGAUAGGCUUGAUAUGUUUGUUGCGGGAUUGGAUAAGGAUGAGUGCGAUAAUAUUAAGGAAGGCGCAUAA